CUUUUACGAAAAAGUCAAUUGAGUCCUCGUACUUUAAAGUUAAUCAAUUGAGUCCAUGAAGUAUUAAAAAACAACCAAAUAAGCUAUUUAGUAAGAGUAUGUGACUAGCAGGUAACCCGGUUACUCACUUACAUGGAUAUCCAGCUGGCAUUUUUUACUUUUUUCUAUUUUUAUAUCUUUUAUUAUUUUUUAUUUCUAUUUCUUCUUCGUCCUCUGCUCCCUGCGAAUCUCCAACUUCUUUCUUUUUCUUUCUUUUCUAUAAUACUCCGCUACGUAUGAACCAACCGACCACCUUCCAUUAAAACGUUUCUCUCCAGCACCAGUUCAACUCCCCUCCCAGAGUCAUGGUGAACCGGUCCAUAUCCCAGUAAGAGCCCCGAACAAGUGAAAUUCCCCUUCUUGCAGUUCAGACUUAUCAUGCCACACAUGGAAAUCCCUCCAUUGAUAGAUCAGAGGCCCCUUUUCACACUCGAUAGAAGUUGUCAGUCAGAUUAAUAGCUUCCAGCUAGUCAAGACAUUGGAAAUAAGUCAAUUUUGGAUCCUGUAAGGGGAAGAUGUCAAAUUUAUCCCGACGUGAGCAAUUUUUUUCUCCCAUAUGAGGCAGAGGAUGGACUCGUUAGAGGAGGAGGGGGGGAGGCCCAGGUGUUCUCGUUGCACUCGUCCCCGGAGGUAGACACUUGAAAGACCCAAACAUGUCAUCGAUUGAGUUAUCCAGCUAUGAUUGCAUCUUGCUGAAGGAGGUGGUAGGAAUGACGGUGAGGACGGGCUUAAUGAAAUUGUGGGCGAGGCAGUUGAUGACUAGGGUUAAAGCCUUGUCUAGAGCCUGGGCGGUUCCGUCUAUAAUCUUGUCGGCCGCUCGAAUUGCCAAAAAAGCGCAACAAGAAUCUGCUCAGAUGACUCCACUUUGGCCGCCAUUACCAGGCCUCAGAGAGGGAAAGAAGUCGGCUUUGCAGGAAGAAAGAAAAAGAAAAGGGAAAAGGAACAAAUUAUAAAAGAUGUAUAAAACAGUAAAAAAGGGGUUAGCUGGAAAUCCACGUAUGUAGAUGCCCGGGUGUUACCGGCUUGUUACCUACGAAAUAGCAAAAUGGUUGUAUUUUAACACUUAGUGGACUUGAUUGACUCACUUUAAAGUACGAGAACCCGAUUGACU